UGCAAUGUAUGGUUGUCAUGUGUCACGCAGUCUGGCUCUCGGUCAGCUGACAGAUCCGGGACCGCUUGUGAUGUUUACUUUGUUCAGUGCGUUAACCGGCGGUUUAUUGUUGUUUAUUUAGUUUUCUUUUUUUUUACUAUUAUUAUUAUUAUUUAUUAUUUUUUGAAUGAAUGCAGCGUUAUGCUUCGCCAAGGAGAACCAUGGUAGUCGUCAACUCGGUGCUCAAGCUGUUACAGAGGCAGACGUACACAUGUCUGUCCCACCGAUACGGGCUCUACCUCUGCUUUGGGGGGCUCGUCCUCAUGAUAGUUUCCGCAUUUCAGUUUGGAGAGGUGGUGGUGGAGUGGAGUCGGGACCAGUAUCAUGUGCUGUUUGACUCCUACAGAGACAAUGUGGGUGGGAAAUCAUUUCAAAGCAGGCUCUGUCUGCCCAUGCCUAUUGACGUGGUGUACACAUGGGUGAACGGAACAGACAUGGCUCUGUUGAAGGAACUGAAGACGGUCAAAGAGCAACUGGAGGAGGAACAAAAAGCUCUGAGGGAACGCCUUGGGAAAAAUGCCAGUGAGACAACCGAAGUGCCAAAAGACAGUGUUAAGCCAGAAUGCCUGCUGUCCCACUGCAUCAUAGCGCCCAUGCUGGCCCUGGAUCCCGCUCUGCCAGCCAACAUUACACUCAAAGAGCUGCCGACGCUCUCUCCCUCCUUCUCUGCCGCCAAAGAGCUGCUGCUGAUGAACAAACCCUUCCACCCGUCCACCACCGCCUCCGUGGUGGUCUUCCAUUCGCAGACUGACGCUGAUAAAGCCUAUACAGAUGUGUCUAGAGAAGACCACAAAUUCUCUGUGUCCAGAUGUUACCUGACGACGGAUAAAGAGGCUCCGGGUCUGAUCCGCAUGCAGUCCCUGGCCUAUCUGAGCGGCUUCCCGGCGUCCUUUAAGGAAACGGAGCAGCUGAGAGUCAAACUGCCCUCUGUCAUAACCAAUAAGAUCAAACAGUUUGAGUUGUACUCUGAGGCCAGCAUCGCCCUACUCCACCUGAAAACCCCGCAGGAUUUCACCGAUCUGACGCAGCAGGCUAAAAAGAAUCUGACCCUGGAUGGAAAAGAGUUAACCAUCACCCCUGGCUACUUGUUCUGGGACCUCACCGCCAUCUCACAGUCCAAACAGGAUGAAGACGUGUCAGCCAGUCGGUUUGAGGACAACGAGGAGCUCCGCUAUUCGCUGCGCUCUGUGGAGAGACACGCCCCCUGGGUGCGACACAUCUUCAUCGUCACUAACGGGCAGAUUCCCUCCUGGCUCAACCUGGAUAAUCCCAGAGUUACAGUUGUCACACAUCAGGAUAUCUUCCAGAACAACAGCCACCUUCCCACUUUCAGCUCCCCUGCCAUAGAGACCCACAUCCACCGCAUCCCAGGACUCUCCCAAAAGUUCAUUUACCUCAAUGAUGAUGUAAUGUUUGGCAAGGACGUCUGGCCGGACGACUUCUACAGCCACUCGAAAGGACAGAAGGUGUAUCUCACCUGGCCUGUCCCCAACUGUGCCGAGGGCUGCCCAGGAUCUUGGAUCAAAGAUGGGUACUGCGACAAAGCCUGCAACAACUCUGCCUGUGACUGGGAUGGAGGAGACUGCGUCGGUUCAGCAGGGAACAGUCGGUUUGGGGCUGGGGUCGGUGGUGGCGGUCCCGGUGGAGCUGGUGGACAGGUGUGGCAGUUUGCAGGUGGUCUAGGAGGUCUUGGGGGGACGUCAUACUGUAAUCAAGGCUGUGCCAACUCCUGGCUGGCAGACAAGUUCUGUGACCAAGCCUGCAAUGUACUCUCCUGUGGUUUCGAUGUGGGAGACUGUGGCCAAGAGCACUUUGGCGAGCUGCACCAUGUGACCCUGCUGAGGAAUCAGAGCCUGUACACCCUCCCAGUAGGUGAAAUCAGGCCAUAUUUCAGCUUUAACAGGCUGGCUCGCAGAGUCUCCGAGGCCCACGUCAGCGACAACGUGGCGGUUCGCCACACCUCCGUCGCCAACAAGUGGAAGACCAUUCACCUGCUGCUCCAUCCUGGCCACAACGCCACCCAGAUCCAGUACAACAUCACUUUCCAGAGAGAAGACGACAGCGAGUUCACAAUGAGCUUCAGUGUAGCUGUCGACACCCGUGAAGUACCCCAGGCUAACGUGUCAAAGACUGCAAGCAAAGACGUCGGCAAAGAGCCAAAGCCGACUCCGACUCCAGAGCCACCGUUUCCGUUCUCAGAUGUUCCUGAGCACAAACAGGGUCCUAAGAUCCAGAAGAGGCAGCCUGGUGAACCUGAGGUUGUCAUAGAAGUUCCUGCACUAAAUGUGUCACUUCUACCAGCUGUUGUGCGCAGUGAGCUGCAAAAGCUGGAUGAGAAGCUUCUGAUUGGUGACAUUACUAUAAAGGGUUAUAACCUCACAAAGGCUGAACUUCUACAACCUUACAAGACACUGGCUCAAAAGCAGCAGGUCAUCGAUUCACAUCCAGCUAAUGAGGGUGCAGCCAAGGUCCAGGGAAAGCCCUAUAAAGACUUUGAGGUAGAGCACGUGCAAGAGAAAGCCGUAGCCAUUCAGAAAAAUCAAAGCUCAAAAGAAAUGUCCAGGAAAGACGUAGUUGUGCAGGAAAGAAUUGUCACUCCUCUUAUCCCAGUCCAAAUUGAUGAUAAGCAUAAAAAAGACUUUGAGAUUCCCAAACAUAAUCUAAAAGCUGCAAUCGAGAGGCCAAUGACUUCCAAGCUGCUAAGCAGCAUUUCCAAAGCCAAGAGCGCAGAGAGUCGGGCAGAGCCAGCCGACGCUGCAGAAGGAGCUCUAGUGGGGAGGAGACUCCAACACUUCGUCUCCUCAGACAGAGGCUUCCUGCCGUGGGAGAGGAGGAAAUACUUCCAGGAACUGCUUGAGGAAGGGGAGCGUCUGCAGAGAGAAUUGUUGUAUGCGACUGAUGGUGGCACCACCCGCCGAAGGCUGCAGGACACUUUUGCUGACUCGCUGCGCUAUGUCAACAAGCUGCUCAACGGCCAGUUCGGAUUCACGUCCCGCAAAGUCCCCGCACACAUGCCUCACAUGAUCGACCGCUUCAUCAUGCAGGAGCUGCAGGACACAUUCCCAGAGGAGUUUGACAAGACGUCAGCCCAUCGCGUUCGUCACUCGGAGGACAUGCAGUUCGCCUUUUCGUACUUCUACUUCCUGAUGAGCGCUCAGCAGCAGCUCAACGUGUCUGAGGUGUUCGACGAGAUCGACACCGACCAUUCUGGCGUCCUGUCCGACCGGGAGAUUCGAACUCUUGCCACAAGGAUCCACGAGCUGCCACUCAGCCUCCAGGACCUCACAGGCCUGGAGCAGAUGUUGAUAAACUGCUCUAAGACUCUCCCGACUAACCUGACCCAGCUCCACCUGGUGAACCCAACGCAGGAGGCCUACUAUGACCCCAGCAUGCCUCCUGUCACCAAAGGCCUCAUCCUCCAUUGCAAGCCCAUCACAGAACGCAUCCACAAAGCCUUCAGAGACCAGAAUAAGUACAAGUUUGAGAUCAUGGGGGAGGAGGAGAUAGCCUUCAAGAUGGUGCGGACAAAUGUGUCCCAUGUGGUCGGCCAGUUAGAUGACAUUAGGAAGAAUCCCAGGAAGUUCAUCUGUCUGAAUGAUAACAUCGACCACAGCCAUAAGGACGCCGCCACAGUGAAAGCUGUGCUGAGAGACUUCUAUGAGUCCAUGUUCCCGUUGCCGUCCCAGUUUGAACUGCCCAGAGAGUAUCGCAACAGGUUCCUGCAUAUGGAAGAGCUCCAGGAAUGGCGAGUGUAUCGAGACAAGCUGAAGUUCUGGACGCACUGUGUCCUCGUGACGCUCGUCAUCUUCACCAUCAUGUCCUUCUUCGCUGAACAGCUGAUUCUGCUAAAGCGGAAGCUGUUCCCCCGACGCAGAGUGAACAGGGACAGCAACCCCGAGAGGGUGUGACAGAGGAAGACUCCCCUAUCUUCACUUGAACGUCCACCCUUUCUCUCCUGCUCAGUGGAGCAGACAGGAGAGGAUUCAGACAGGGGGAUUGGGUGGAAACAAGAAUCUGAGGCCCUCCUGUGCUUGUGUUGCAUCACCGCGGACGAGGUGUGCAGAGACUCAUACGAGAUGGCGAUGAAACAUUUUUAAGAAGAUGAUGGAUGGGGCUGGCCGGUGAAAGGAAUGGCAGCCAGAAAGAAGAAGCCUGUAAAUCUUCUUUUCCUCCGCUGAGACUUACACUUACAAAUACACAAACACUCCCUACACGCUGUACCACCUCAUGUCCUGCCCUCACCGUGCCAUUGAUUGAUGUGCUGUUAAAAGUGUGAAGCAUUUGAUAGCAGCAGGUCAGCACUCAUUGUGUGUGUGUGUGUGUGUGUGUGUGUGUGUGUGUGUGUGUGUGUGUGUGUGUGUGUGUGUGUGUGUGUGUGUGUGUGUGUGUGUGUGUGUGUGUGUGUGUGUGUGUGUGUGUGUGUGUGUGUGUGUGCGCAGCAAGCAUUUUUUUACCAUAAAAUCCACAAACAUCUGUGUUUAAAGCUCGAAUGAUUAGCAGAUGAAUCCAUAAGUUGAUUGACAGAAAACAAUCAAACACUUUUGAGUCACUUUUUAAGGGAAAAUACCCAACAUUUGCUGGUAACAGCUUCUUAAAUGUAUUUUCUGCUUUUUCUCUGUUUUAUAUCUUCUAUCAGUGUAAUAUGUUUGGGUUUCGGACUGUUUGUCCAACAAAAAACAUUCGAAGAUGUCACCUUGGGUGCUGGGAAAUUAUGAUGGGCAUUUUAUACACAAAACAAUUAAUUGACUAAUUGAAAAAAUAGUCCGUAAUUGCUUGUUUAAAAAAAAAAAAAAAAAAAAAACGGUACUUGCAGCCCUGGUUGUGUUUGACCUUUACUGUUAUGGCUCAAUUUUAAAGAAAUGGAGGACAACAGUACAUAUAGGAUGGAUUUACGUGUUGGCGGUUAUAUCUUUGUCGGUUGUCUUUAAAAACAUAAAAACUUGAAGUGCCUUCGUUGUUCAUUCCUGCUUGUUUGAACAUUUUUGUUUAUCUCCUGUUGGGUUUUUUUUUUUUAAAUGUCUUGUUAUAAAUGUUUGCCACAUCACGUCCAAAUCUAGUGAUUUACAAUGAGAAUGAAUGGGAUAUAGGAUAAUAUGAUUAUCAUUCUUAAUGUGGUACAAAUGUGUCUGAUUGUUGGAGGUACAUGUAAGUGAUACUACAGCUUUCAUAGCCACCUGUAUGUGUGUCCCUGUGGGACUCAACAGGCUCGCUACUGUCUGAAAUUCAGACCCCCUCAGCAUGUUCUGUAACUUAUUUUGAUUGUAUUAUUGUGACCGUGAGCCCCGUGACAGAUGCAUCUGAUCUGAAUGCCCGCAGAGUGUAAAGCAUCGCUCAUCAACUGUUUCCAACUUUUUUCCUCUGAAUGUCAGUUUUACAAAGUUCUUUAUUAUAAUGACAAAAAAAACGGAAGUGACUACUAGAUGCUGUCAGCGUUUUGCCACUGCCAUAAAGUCAUGUGACGUAAAAGUUGAUGUCAGCAGGCGAGAUGAUGAGUAACAUAUCCUGAAUGGAAUUCCUCAGAUUGCAUCAGUUCAGUGGCUCCUUUUGACUGAAAUAAAAUGUGUUUGGUUCAGUCA